CCCAUUUUUUCCAUUUCUUCUCUUCAUUCCUUUCAACAAAAACCCAACCAAUUAGGACAAAAUUUUUUUAUACAGAUUCAAUGGAUACCAAUUUGGGAGACAAAACAUUUUCUAUUGACCUCAACACAAACCCCUCAUUGCACAACACCAGUAGAAGUCCGCAUGACACGUUGGAUGAAAAGUUGGUUAGGAUGAGAGAAGAGAACAAAAAACUUGUAACAAUGCUAACUACUUUGUGCGAAAACUACAAUUCAUUGCACUCUCACCUAAUUGAGUUGCUGCAGAAAUACUUCAGUCAUAAUGAAGAGGACAAUUUCAAAUUUUUUUUAAGGAAAAGAAAGGCUGAAGGAGAAUGUUGUGAGAAUAAUUCAGACAUCCAUUUUGAAGAAGCAUCACCAAAGAGGCCAAGAGAAAUCACAACCAAUGUUUCAACUGUUUGCGUUAAAACCAAUCCCUCCGAUCAAACCUCGUUGGUGAAGGAUGGAUAUAACUGGAGAAAAUAUGGUCAAAAAGUGACAAGAGAUAAUCCUUAUCCAAGAGCCUACUACAAGUGUUCAUUUGCACCAACAUGUCCAGUCAAGAAGAAGGUACAAAGAAGUAUUGAAGAUCCAUCAAUUUUAGUAGCUGUAUAUGAAGGGGAGCACAACCACCCUCACCCAUCCCAAGCUGAAAUAACAGUGCCAUUACUCAACCAAGGUGUUACAACAGAUCCAACAUUUUUGAACAAAUUAAUGGAAGAGAUUGACACAAAUUCACUGCAGCAACAUUUAGUCGAACAAAUGGCGUCUUCCUUGACUAGCAGCCCUAGUUUCACUGCUGCAGUUGCUGCGGCCAUCUCUGGAAAGAUUUUCGAAUAUGAUUUACCUUUCAAAUAACGAAAAAUUUACUCAAACGGUUUUAGUUUCUUUAUUGUGAUUGAAAUGAGCCUAAUGUAAAUUUUACCAUUUUGAGAUUGUUGUUGUCUUUGUUAUAAUAAUAUUACGUUGGUCUCAA